UACAAGGUAUUUAUGCUUGAUGCAUCAACACUAAAAGUAGAACUACAAGUCUAAAAGAAGAUUCACAGACUGUAAUUCUCAAGGUAGCCCACAUUCCAAUAGCUAAUUUCUUUUUCAUAGCAGCAAGCUUUAUAAACAGACUCUUAUAGCAUUUGGAGGCCCAACAAUGUAUACAACUUUCUUUUUGCUUCACAGUAUAGACAGACUCGAUACACUAAGAUCUAUACCCCUCAUACAUCACUUUCAACACCGUUUUCUAGCAAGCCUGCAAGCAAAAAACAUGAUAAAGCUAGAACUGUAAUCAUAGAAUGAAUUUAAAAGCAGCUCCCAAUCACUAAGUGGCCCACAAUUAACCUCAUGCAGUAAAUACUCAGUAACACUGUACCAGUUUAAAAGCAGCACACACCUCUCUCUCUUUCUGGUACUGCUUUGCCUUAGUCCUACUCUCUCUCUCUCUCUCUCUCCGUUUUUGUGAAAAAUGAAGAACUUGCCAACAUGGAAAACCAUGGCAGUGACUGUGGUGUUGCUUCAAUUGAGCUUUUCCUUGGAGAUUUUCUGUCUCUCUAAUCAUGCAGAUAGAAUUGUUCGGCUUCCCGGGCAACCCAACACACGCUUCCAACAGUUCUCAGGAUAUGUUACAGUGGAUGAUCUCAAACACAAAGCUCUCUUUUACUAUUUUGUUGAAUCAGAAACUCAUCCAUCUUCAAAGCCUCUUGUUCUCUGGCUCAAUGGAGGACCUGGCUGUUCUUCUCUUGGAGUGGGUGCAUUCUCUGAAAAUGGACCUUUUAGACCAAAUGGGGAAGUUCUGAUUAAAAACGAGUACAGUUGGAACAGAGAGACAAACAUUUUGUAUUUGGAGACACCAGUUGGAGUGGGGUUCUCUUAUGCUAAAGGUGGCUCUUCCUAUGAGACUCUGAAUGAUGAGACAACAGCCAGGGACAAUCUUGUAUUCUUGCAACGCUGGUUCAACAAGUUCCCUCAAUUCAGGCACAGAGAUCUGUUUCUAGCAGGUGAAAGCUAUGCAGGGCAUUAUGUUCCACAACUUGCAAAGCUCAUGAUUGAAAUAAACGAAAAGGAGAAGUUAUUCAAUCUGAAAGGCAUCGCCUUGGGUAACCCAGUUCUAGAAUAUGCCACUGACUUGAAUUCAAGGGCCGAGUUCUUCUGGUCUCACGGUUUGAUAUCUGAUUCAACGUACAAAUUGUUCACUACAGGCUGUAACUAUUCCCGGUACGUCAGUGAAUACUACAGAGACUCGAUUUCUCCGCUUUGUUCAAAAGUUUUGAGGCAAGUAGCCAGAGAAACCAGUAAGUUUGUGGACAAAUAUGAUGUCACCCUUGAUGUUUGCAUUUCAUCAGUGCUUUCACAAUCCAAAGCUAUUUGUCCUCAAGGCCAAAACUUGAUGCCUCUUGCCAAACAGAAAACAAAUGAGAGCAUAGAUGUAUGUGUAGAUGACAAAGUUACUAAUUACUUGAACCGAAAAGAUGUACAAGAGGCGCUCCAUGCCAAGCUUGUCGGAGUCCGAAAAUGGGAUGUCUGCAGCAACAUUUUGAACUAUGAUAUGCUCAACCUGGAGAAACCUACACUCCCUGUUGUUGGAUCACUCAUAAAAUCUGGAGUUCGGGUCUUAAUUUACAGUGGAGAUCAAGAUUCAGUAAUUCCACUGACUGGAAGCCGCACCUUAGUUCAAAAGCUGGCUAGACAACUAGGACUGAAUACAACAGUCCCCUACAGAGUAUGGUUUGAAGGCCAACAGGUUGGUGGAUGGACUCAAGUUUAUGGCAGUAUCCUCUCAUUUGCUACUGUCAGAGGUGCCUCUCAUGAAGCCCCUUUCUCUCAGCCUGAAAGAUCAUUUGUUUUGUUCAAGUCAUUCUUGGAAGAUAGGCCUCUGCCUGAAAUUUUCUGACAAGACUUAGUUUUUUCUCUAAUCUAGUUGAGGGAUUGUAAGUAAGCUUCAAUUUGUACUAUAUAACUAUUAAAUUUACUUUAAUUUCAAAAGAAAAAUUUAAGGGGAGAGGAGAAAUAUGAGUCACAUGUGAAUUUACUUCCAUGAUGGGGUGCUUGUUUGUUCAUUGGACUGUCAAAUGUAAAGUGGAUCCUUGGCUUAGAGAACUUCUGUAAAAAUGUAGCCAGAGAAUGCAAAAUGUUGUUUUU